AUGCAGCUUCGCAAAGAGCUUCCUGAACGAAAGCAGAGCAAAGCAGAGGCGGCGGCCACGACGCCAGACCCAGACCACGCGUCUGGGAUCAAACCCGAGGGUCCGAGACUGUCGUAGCCUCGUAGGCCACCGAGUUGUUAAUCCUAUCCGAACCAAAGGCGGCAUGGCUAGCAGAUGAUUAGGAGACGCACCGUCUCACUCGCGGUCACCGCCCGAGGAAAAACAGCGGCGCGCGGCGUCCACCGGUUCGCCCGUCCGAUCGAGGAAGGAAGCUGCGAGCUGCCCCGCCGACCAGGAAUUCACUCACGCGCCGCAUACGAAUUCCCGGCUCCGCUCCCCUACUUAAGCGCGCGCGCCACACGACUCCGCUCCUCACCUCUCUCACCUCACCUCCUCUACCACCCCAUCUCGCCACCUUUCUUCACAGGUUCCUUAGUUCCUACUGCCCAGCUCCACAUCAGCGCACUCCUCUAUCUACUUACUUACAGCAUGUGUGGCGGCGCGAUCAUCUCCGACUUCAUCCCGGAGCGAGACCACCGCGGCGGCGGCAAGCGGGGCCCCUCCACCGCCGACUUCUGGACGCACGCCGCCGCCACCGAGUUCGACGACCCUACCGACCACCACUACUUCUACCCCGACGACCUGACCGGCGCCGGCGCCUGCACGUUCCCACCCGAGCACCAAGGUACGUGCCGCGUACGCGCAGCAGAGGAGCCGAGCAGGAAGCGGGAGCGCAAGACGAUGUACCGCGGCAUCCGGCGGCGGCCGUGGGGCAAGUGGGCGGCGGAGAUCCGCGACCCGGCCAAGGGCGCGCGCGUCUGGCUCGGCACCUUCGCCACCGCCGAGGGCGCCGCGCGCGCCUACGACCGCGCCGCACGCCGCAUCCGCGGGACCAAGGCCAAGGUCAACUUCCCCAACGAGGACCCGCCGCUCGACCUGGACGACUACGACCUUCUCAACGGCGGCUACAACGUGGCCGCCUUCUUCCACCAGCCGUUCAUGGCCGACGGCGCCGCGCCGGCGACCUCGGCGCCGGAGGUGGCGUACGUGCCGCAGCUCUGGAGCUUUGACAGCAUCAACACUCAAGUGCCUAUGUGAUAGAUAUAAAAUGGUCUCUUCUGCGUGUAAUAUUGCGUUUGCCUAAUUAUUAUUCAGCAUAUGAUGAAUUAUUUUUGUUUUUUUUACGGCAACUGUCUCCGUGUACCAGCAAAUACAUCCUCGUGGCCAAUUUAUCGUCAAACGUAAAUGAUGCAUUACAUUUGAAAACUAUAACAUCGCAAUAAUGAGCACAAGCGGCAGAACACAAACCUCACUGCCAAACAGAGAGAAAUUUUGGUGCUAGAAAUGAUAUUCAUAACUGGCUUGCAAGCAUGGUCUCAAGUUGCAAAACAACGAAACACGAAUUAACUGGUUCUGAGAACUCAUUGACACAGGACACUGACAUCUAAAGCGGUAUGAUUCUGGUACCCAAAAAGGUGAUGAUAAUAAA